CUCACCGAUGAAGACAAGGAUAAUAUCAGGGCAUUUCAAUUAAAAAUCACCUGUAACAUGCCUCGACGUGUUUUCAACCACAUGCACAAUACAUUUCGCCACAAGAUAACCAUUGAUUCAGAAUGGGUCAUUCUACAUAGGGUCGCAAUCCUGUCUGGCAUCCAGCCUAUUAACUAUCAUUGCUGUAUCAACUCAUGCAUCGCCUACACCAAUGACUAUGCGGACCUCGAUGAUUGUCCUUUCUGUGACGAGCCACGGCACUUGUUGAAUGGACAACCACAACACAUAUUCUCCUAUAUUCCCCUUAUCCCUCGUCUUCAGGCACUGUUUCAGAGCCCGUCUACCAUUGGUCGCUUGUCUUAUUGCCGAGGCUAUGAGCAUGAACCUGGCUUGAUACAUGAUGUCUUUGAUGGUCAGUGGUACCGCACACUCCUUCAGAAGCAUGUUGUCGUGGAUGGUGUCGAGCAAGACCAUACAUACUUCUCUGGAAAGCAUGAUAUUGCUUUAUCCCUUGCUGCAGAUGGGUUCCUGUUGUUUGAU